AUGGUUGAAUUUUUUAAUAUAUCUGAUGAUUAUUUGACUUUCGAUGAAUUAUACCAUUUGAACAUAACAUCACAUGAAAUUCUCCUGUGGUCAUCAUCAAUUGAUCUUGCUGAACAAUAUGAGUACUAUCUUGAUCAAUCAACUCAAUCUAAUCUAUCAAAUGAAAAAUUCUUUAAUUGUACACAGCCAUGGUUUGGAUCACGAUGUCAAUAUUCAUUGGAAAUAAAAGAAGGUGUAUUAGUCGGAAAAUCAUUUGAAACAGCUUUAACUGAUAAUAUAUUUGAUGGAACGUGUUAUAUUCUUUUAGAAUGUAAUCGUGGUGGACCAUCGAUGUGUCUUGAUUGGCGUGAGAUCUGCGAUGGUCGAAUUGAUUGUCUUAAUGAUGGUAUUGAUGAAAUUCAAUGUUUCAAUUUAGAAAUUAACGAAUGCAAUGAAAACGAAUAUCGAUGCCAUAACGGAUUGUGUAUUCCAAAACUUUUUUUGGAAAUGGAUUUUUCUGAAGCACAAUGUCUUGAUAGAUCAGAUUAUUUAGUUAAAAACUCGUUGUGCCUAAGAUUUUAUUUCCGUCUGAAUCUGUUUGAAUGUCAAGAAUUUAUUUGUCGACCUGAUGAAGGUAAAUUCUUGUGUGGUGAUGGACAAUGUGUGGAAGAUUAUGGUCAAUGUCAAACUAAUCGACAUCUUUCAUUAGCUCAAUCGGUUAGUGUUCAAGGAAAUUUAUCAUACGAGUGUUGGAUAAGCAUGGUUUGUCUUACGAAAAUAAUGGACAAAAUUGAGAAUGUAUCAUGUGAUGAGUUCAUUCAAUCUUCUGACAUUAUCGAACAAUUAAAAAGUUGCAAGUUUCCUCUUCAAUUUCCGAUUAUUCCUGUACUCUAUGGUCAUGUAACAUUUUUAUAUCAUCCAAAAGAGAUUGACAAUAUUAAUGUUACAUUACCUCUUAAACCUGAUUAUAUCUGUUAUGAUAAACAAUUAUGCGAUUUCCUCACACCUACAUUUCGCCAUGAAACUUUGACUUGUCGCUCUGGUGAUCAGAUGAAUCUUACGAUGAAUACUGAAUUGACUAGUUGGAAAUCAAUUAUCGAUUCAAUUAAACCAUACUUUGAUGGUUGUAUUACUCAACAUUAUCAUAUCAUCGAUUCUUAUGAUUCACCAUUAUAUCAUUGUAAAAAUUCGUCGAAAUAUAUUUCUAAAUAUCGAAUCCUGGACGGUAUAUCAGAUUGUUUCUUGAAAGAUGACGAGCAAGUAUUAUCGAAAUUAAAUUAUUCAUUAAAUCAAACCUCUCGAUUUCAAUGUCCAAACGAGAAACAGUGUCGAUCACGCUUUUUCCCAACAAGUAUCUGUUCUUUUCCGAUACAGAUAAAUCAUGAUGAUAUCUCAUUUUAUAAAAUAUGUGAUCGAAUCAUGGAUUUACCCAUGGCGUUGAUUGAUGGACGAAAUCAUUCCGAUGAAACUGAUUGUGAAGAUUGGCAAUGCAAUAAUAUCUACACACGAUGUGAUGGUUUUCGAAAUUGUCUUAACGGAAAAGAUGAAGAAAAUUGUACAAAUUCAAUUAGUUUAGAGCAUUUUCUUCUCUGUAUUUCAUCACAAAAUCAUACAUUCAUGUGUUUACCAGCCGAUCAAGUCACUAAUGGAAUCGUCAGUUGUUUUGUAGCAUCAUCUGAUGAAUUUCAAAAUCGCCAGGUGAACAAUAUUACUUUUCAAACAUAUAGAUUUUGUUGUUGGAAUGACACAAAAUGUAGAGAACAGGAAGAUCUUUGCAAUGAAAACGAAGAUUGUCCAAUGUAUGAUAACGAACUAUUUUGUGAUAAUCAUCCACAAUUAUGUAAUGACUCUGAUUUUGACAAUCUUAUCGAUAUGCAAUAUAUUUCAUGUCAGGUCAUUAAUACACGUUAUAUACCUUUUUCAUUAGAAACUGCAUUAAUCUAUCCGCCAGUAUAUACGAUUCCGAAUGAUCCUACUCAGAAUCCGAUUAAUAAUAAAAUGAUAGAAUCGCCAUUAGUCAAGAGUUUUUCACAGCCUGAAAUCUGUAAUUCUGGUUUAUAUGUUUACUAUCGACUUGGAGCCAAUAAUUACAGUAGUUUAUGUUUUUGUCCACCGAAUUAUUAUGGUGAUCGAUGUCAAUAUCAAAAUCAACGUGUCAGUCUUACCUUAACAUUGGCAACUAUUAGACAGCCAAUUAUUUAUGCUAUUGUUGUUAUGUUGAUAGAAGAUGACAACGAUCGACAAGAAAUUAAUUCGUAUCAUCAAUUCACUUUUGUACCACUAGAACAUUGUGGUAAAUUUGUGAAUUUAUAUCUGUUAUAUUCGAAGCAUGGAAAGAAUAAUUCAAAAAACUACAGUAUUCGUAUCGAUGCAUUCAAUAAAGAUUCACUGACAUACCUAAUAAGUUGGCAUUUAACGAUUCCAUUCGUCUUUUUACCAGUUAAUCGGAUAAGUGCUUUUUUAACCCUUCCGAUUUCUCGAACAUUCGAUCCUAAACACUGUACUCUUCAAUGUCAGAAGGGUACUUGUAUGAGAUAUCAUAAUGAAGAAAGAUUCUUCUGUCAAUGUCAUUCAGGUUGGUCCGGUGCACAAUGUAAUAUUCCGAUCGAUUGCAAUAUGUGUACACCGAACUCGAUUUGUAUCGGUUCGAUUCGAAAUCGAUCAAUCUGCGUUUGUCCUCACGGAAAAUUCGGUUCCUCUUGUCGUCUUCAACUGGUAUGUCCAAUAGGCAUCUGCAAAAAUAAUGGUCGUUGUAUAGUAAUCGAUGAGAGAAUGAUUGAUGAAAGUUAUAGAUGCUUUUGUUCUGAACAAUUUUUCGGGACAAGAUGUGAAAAUGUUAAACAUAGAAUAGAUAUUUUCUUUAAAAAUAUCGAAACUCCAUUGUAUUUACUCGCUUAUAUUUACACUAGAAUUCGUUUCGAACGAUCAUCACCAACAUUUGUUAUACUCCGAAAAAUGACUAUGUUUCAAAGUAAUAUCACCGUGUACUCUCAAGAUCAGUUCCAAAUGAUUAUUGUUAAGAUUGAUAAUCGUUAUUAUUUGGCUGUACUUCGAAAAUUUGAAUCAUCCAACAUAGUAACCUCCAUCAGUCCUGCACAACGAUGUGUUCCAAUUCAUGAACUUUUGCCUACUGAAUUAUUCUCAUUGCCGCGAAUUCAACGAUUGAAAAGCUAUCAUAUUCCAUGCCAAGAUCAUGUUAAUCUACAAUGUUUUGUCGAUGAAUUCUACAUGUGUUUGUGUACGAAAGAAAAUCAUAGCAAUUGUUUUCCAUUAGAACAUCAACAGACUUUUGCCUGUGAAGAUAAUGUUUAUUGUGAGAAUGGUGGAACAUGUUUACAAGAUCGACCUGUAUGUUUUUUCAAUAUCCUAUGUGUAUGUUCUGAUUGUUUCUUUGGUAAUCGAUGUCAAUUUUAUGCCAAAGGCAUUGGACUGACAUUAGAUGAUUUAUUACGUUAUGAAAUUCGACCUAAUAAUACAUUAAAUGAUCAAUCAUUGGUUAUUAAACUGAGUGCUGCUGUUAUAAUGAUUAUUUUUCUGAUUGGUACUUUGAAUGGUUUUCUUAGUUAUUUAGUCUUUCAUAAUCCAAAUUCUCGUAGAGUAGGUUCUGGAAUAUAUCUUCGAUUAUCAUCAAUCAUUUCUAUUCUGGUUGUCAGUAUGUUAAUCAUCAAAUUUUGGUUUGUAACAUAUACUUAUAUAAAUCAAUCGAUCAAUCGUAAUGUUUAUCAAAUUGGAUGUAUACUAUUCGAACCUCUACUUAGAUUUUUCUUAUAUAUGAGUAAUUGGCUGAAUACUUGUGUAGGCAUAGAAAGAGCGAUAGCAGUUUUCAAAGGAAUUAAUUUUAACAAGAGACAAAGUAGACGUAUUGCACGUCGGACACUUUGUAUUUUACCAUUCUUUAUUUUGGGUACGAUGAGUUAUGAACUCGUUCAACGUGAUUUAUUCGAUGAUUAUGAAGAACAACGUGUUUGGUGUGUAAUUCGUCAUUCUCAAUCAGUUCAAGUAUAUACUACCGUUGUACAAUAUUUUCAUUUUGUCGCACCAUUUUCUGCUAAUCUGUUUGCGACUCUUUUCAUCAUACUGAAGUUAACUCGUCAACAAGCGAUCCUUCGAACUCAUAUUAGCUAUCAACAACAAUUACUUAAUAAGUUCAAUGAGCACAAACACCUUGUUAUUAGUCCUAUUGUACUAGUUAUUCUAUUAUCACCUCGUUUUCUUAUUUCACUAUCAUCAGGAUGUGUUAAAGCAUCUCGAAGUCCGUGGCUGUAUCUAUUCGGUUAUUUUAUUUCCUUUACUCCAUCGUCUUUUAUCUUUAUAAUAUUCGUUUUACCAUCAACUUUCUACAAGAAACAAUUUAAAAAAACAAUUAAUACUUGGUGGCAACGACUUACCAGGGCUAUUAGAGCUCGCAAUCCAUGA